UGAUUUAUUACCCUAUAUCCUGCCUCCAGAGUGGUUUGCAUUUUUUGUAGGUGCCUUAUACAGUAGUAGGCUAUAUCCUGUGCAGAAUAACUGGCGCUUGUGCAGAUCAGGGAGUGCGUGCGCGUCCCACAACUUUAUUUGAACUUGGUGUUUGCUGCCCUGCUGUUGAUGUUGCCAUGGCGGACAGUAUGAACUGCAAAUACUGCCGGGAGGACCUGAGUGGGAAGAAGUACGUUCAACAGGAGGAGAAGCCUGUCUGUGUCCGAUGCCAUGACAAGUUCUGUGCCAACAACUGCACUGAGUGCCGCCGUCCUAUUGGCAUCGACUCCAAGGAGUUGCAACAUAAAGGCCGUUAUUGGCACGCAGACUGCUUUCGCUGCUACAAGUGCUACAAGCCAUUAGCCAAGGAGUCCUUCAGUGCUAAGGAUGACCGCAUCAUGUGUGGGAAGUGCAGCUCCCGGGAGGAUGCCCCUCGUUGUCACGCCUGCUACAAAGCCAUUCUAGCCGGCUCUGAGAAUGUGGAGUAUAAAGGCAAUGUGUGGCAUGAGGACUGCUUCACCUGUUACCAGUGUAAAAAACCCAUCCGUUCCCAAAGCUUCCUGACCAAAGGCACUGACAUCUACUGUGGCCCUUGCCAUGAGAAGAAGUUUGCUAAGACCUGUGUCAGCUGUAAGCAGACCAUCACCUCCGGGGGAGUGAACUACCAGGAGAAGCCAUGGCACUCAGAAUGUUUUGUCUGCAGCUCCUGCCGAAAGCCUCUGUCUGGGACCCGCUUCACCUCCCACGAGGAGAAGGCUUUCUGUGUGGACUGCUACAAGUCUACUGUAGCCAAGAAAUGCAGCGGCUGCCAGAACCCCAUAACAGGUUUCGGCAAAGCCACCAAUGUGGUGAACUACGAGGGCAGCUCGUGGCAUGAGUACUGCUUCAACUGCAAGAAGUGUUCCCUGAGCCUGGCUAACAAGCGCUUCGUGGCCAACGGAGGGAACAUCUUCUGCUCUGACUGUGCCAAGGACUGAGCGAUAGCGAGGGAUACAAAUAUUUGGCUGAAAUCUGUGGAUUCGGUGGGGUAAUCGAGUAUCUUCCUAAAGAUUGGGGUCAUGUUCUACGGGAGACAUUUCAACCCUGGGGAACUUCAAAACCGUAGCUGUUAAUUCAAAGGUCUUAAAGGGAAAAACAGUGUCCCAGAGAGAUUGCUUAGCUAAUAGUUAUUGUGAUGGGUAAUUAUAAGCACUUUAAAUUAGUCACUUACCGUGCACAAAACCAAUGAAAAUAUUUGAAAAUUCAAUAUAAUGAACUGCAUGUCUGGUGUCUUGCAUAUGUGGGUCUGUAAUCAGCAAUAAACAAAUAUAUUUCCACAAA